UGGCAGCCAAGUCCUCCUGAUGCCUGCCGUAUAUACUGUAGUGCAGAUGCAGGGCAAGCUACGUGUGCCACUGGACUGCCAUUCCUCAUGAGCUCCAAUGUCUUGCCACGGUGGUUGUAUCUGUCAGUCAGUGGUCUCAGUCAAUUCUCGUCCGUAAUGGAUAACAAGUUGUUCUUGGUUCCUUUCAACCAACUCCUCUAGUGCCUACAUGGGGCAGACUGCGAGUACUACUGCUGUUUGCAGUCGUAUUCAGUCAUCAGCUGGAGCUUGUGGCGACAACAAUCACGGAAACAAUUCUCCUGUUGCGGCUAAUCGCAUGCAAGGCUAUCCCUUGUUCAAAAGCAAUACAAGUAAUAACAACAAUAGUAAUCCACACAAGAUGAGUCUCGAAUUGAAGAUUGCCAGUCUAGAGGAAGAACUCAUCUCCAAGAAUCGCGAGCUUGCCGCCUUGAGGGAAUCCAUCUCCCAAAAGCCAGGAUUUGCAAAGUUGGAAGGCGAUGUGUGCAUUCGAAGUACAAGGAAACAAUCUGCCGCAGUGUUGGUUCAAUCUUACGAGCCGUUGACUGUGAACAGCCGCAGACGAAAGAUCGAGGAUUAUUGCCGUGAUUUGGUUAUCAACAAUGACCACAUUUCUCGAAUGGAACAACGACUAAGGGAAUCAAUUGAAAAAGGCCUUGACAAGAAAACCCACGACAUGGCUUCAGUGAAAUGUUUCCCUACGUACGUACGUGAAUUGCCUAGUGGGCAUGAAUGCGGCAAAUUUCUUGCCCUAGACCUGGGAGGUACCAAUUUUCGCGUUGUGCUGAUAGAAAUUGGAGAGAACGAAAAAUUUGAAAUGGAUAAUGAAGUGUAUGCCAUUAGCCAAGACCUAAUGAACGGAUCAGGCGAUGAUUUGUUCGACCAUAUCGCCUCUUGCUUGGCCAAUUUUGCCAAGGCUCGUAAGAUUGACAAGGAAGUCCUUCCGUUGGGAUUCACGUUCAGUUUUCCUUGCAAACAGAAAGGUCUGGCUGUUGGCGAAUUGAUCUCAUGGACCAAAGGUUUCAGUUGUAAAGGAGUGGAAGGCGAGGAUGUGGUCACGUUGCUGAAGAACGCUAUUAACAAACGAGGAGACAUUCACGUUGAUGUGGCUGCCAUUUUGAACGACACCACUGGUUGCCUCAUGUCUUGUGCCUGGAAAAAUCAUAACUGCCGAAUUGGUCUUAUCAUUGGAACCGGCACAAAUGCAUGUUAUCUUGAGGAUUUGGAAAAGGUGGGCUUGUGGGACGGGGACAUCAACAAUCCGAAACAUGUCAUUGUUAAUACCGAAUGGGGAGCGUUCGGAGAUCAUGGCGAAUUGGACUUCAUUGUAACGAAGUGGGACCACCGUGUGGAUGAAGGCUCUAUUAAUCCUGGCAAGCAAAUUUUUGAAAAGAUGAUAUCCGGGAUGUACAUGGGGGAAGUGGUUCGUCAAGUGUUGGUCGAUCUCGUGGAUGAGGAUCUCAUUUUUGCUAAGCAACCAUUAGAGAACUUACGAACACGUGGAAGGUUCUAUACGAAGUACGUAUCGGAAAUUGAAUCUGACCAAGUUGGAGACUACACUCAAUGUCGGGAGGCCUUAAAAGAUCUUGGAAUGACUAACGUCACUGAUGAAGACUGCUCUGCUUUACGACAUGUUUGCGAAUGUGUUAGCAGACGGGCGGGAUUCAUGGUGUCUGCAGGAAUCACAGCCUUGCUCAAGAAGAUGGAUUACAAAGAUGUUGUCGUGGCCAUCGAUGGAUCCGUGUUUCGGUUCCAUCCUCAUUUCGAGAACAUCAUGCGUUCUCGGAUUCGCCAACUUAUGGGAACCGAGUACAAGUUUGACCUUAUGUUAUCUACUGAUGGUUCUGGUCGUGGUGCCGCUUUGGUCGCCGCAGUAUUAAUGGGUGAAUGUGCGAUUUAAGCUUAAAACAGUUCGAUAAAUAGCUUAAGGGACAGGGUCGAGUUGCUCUUAUCUAUCAUACUUGAGAGCAUACGACCUUGUACCUUAUCGUACUUUUAGAGUUCGACUUGUAACUUACCCACAAUCGUUUUAAACUUUUGCUCUCAAACUUUUAUCUCAACCACUAUGUUUGUGCUCUCCCAGGCUAAAGCUUUGGUACUUUUUCAUAUUUUAAACGUAUGGUAUAUUUCAGCUAAUAAAUGGCAAAUUUGGUA